CUUUCCUUGGACCCCUCCCUCUUCCUGAUCUGCGAGACAGUUCUCAGCCAUGGGGACAGGAUCACCGGCUUUAGGGACCUCGGUCUUUGGACUGGGGUUCCCCGAACGACCGGUUCUUGAUGUGAAACUCAGUUGGUUCUGCCCCUGUCUUGUGCAUCCACUGGCGGGAAGGAGUAUCAGAUCCAUGAAGGUGUGGGUGAGCCGGUGGUCAGCAAAGAUGCUCCCAGGCUGAAGGAACAGCUCAGAGAGCUGUUUUUUGGGUUUUGUUGUUGUUGUUAUUGUUUGUAUUUUGAAACAGGGUCUCACUAUGUAGCCUUGGCUGUUCUUUAACUCUAUGUAGACCAGGCUAGCCUCGAACUCACAGAUUAGUCUGCCUCUGCCUCCUGGGUGCUGGGCCACCCAGCUCUGCUUGAGCCCUGGGUUCUUGAACCUGCUUUGGUGAGGAUUCCUCCCCUUCCUUAGGACUGGAGUGAACCAAGCUGGGCUGAUUCUCUUCUGAUGCAAUCACUGUCUUUUCUGGGAAGGACACGCGGAUUGAAUGAGGGAUGAGUGUUAGCCUUUUCCUGAUGGAAACCGGCUGACAGUGGUAGUUGUAGGGCAGCCGCUCUUACACUGCCUCCUCUUCCCCUGUCCACUAGGAUACCUUUAAGAAUGAGGUGUGGAAGGGGGAGAGGGUGUUCUGAGGACAGGGGACCUUGGGCGCUGAAUCUUGGAGACAGAAAUGAGUAGCCAGAGGCUCCAAGGUUCUUUUCUACUUUGCAAGUGUGUCAGUGGUACCUUUAACCCUGCCGUUUGUGUUCUGCCCUCUGGAGCAGGCACACCAGCAGACAGACAGACAGACAGACACUGCAGAAAGAAUAGGUUGGCUGUUGGGGGUAGGAGAGUGGGAGUGUAUUCAGAAGCCCAGGGAUGGUGCCAGUGGGCUAGGCCAUUCACGCUGUUUCCUUGAUGAAGGUCAUGCUCUCUGUGGCUGUCUGGAGCAGGCAAGGACAGAGGAGUAGCGCCGGAGGCUGGAGGACGACUUCCUGGAGCGUGUGUGAUGGGGUCCAAUGCUCCGCUUUGUUUUGAGGAUGGUAUACAAGAGCAGAGACCGGAGAAGCAUUUGACAUCCCCUCCACCACCCACCCCAAGUCAGCCUCACAUAUUUGUUCUCUGUGCCGAAGGCAUACUUGCUAGGAUGAAGUUUCCUUGCAAAUUUGAGUGACCUUUGUGGAUGGUGUGGGCUCCUGAGAAUCAUCCUAACGGGGCAGAACCCCAGCGUGCUGCCUGGAAGAGUUCCCAGCACACUCACCUGAGACUGUAAAUGAUUCCAUGUUUUUCCGUUGAGACACCGAGGCACAGGUUGACCAGCAUAACUGAUAACUCAGGAGGAAUAAAUGCAGACAUUGAAUAUAGACAGUAGUGGUCCUAAUACAGUUCAGAGGAACGAGGAGGGAGCCUGCAGUUAGUGAGCAGGCUGCCCAGGGUACAUGUCCUUCAAGAAGGGAUUAGAAAUGUCAGUGAGUCCAGAGUCCUACCUUAGUCAUGACCGUGAAGUGGGCAAGCUACUGUCCAGCAUCAGCAGUAUCCCAGCCCUGUCUGAGACAGAGGGUGCGGCACAGGUGGCCUGGGUGGCCUCUGCUCCUUCCUGGCUCUGGGUGCUUUACUGCAUGGUCACAUGUAGGUUGCUGGGUGCUUGCCUGUCUUGUCUUCCUGUGGCUUGGAAGACUGUGUUUGACCUCAUGCCCACAAGUUGACAGGUGCUCCCCAACCCCUCUUAGACCUAUUUAGGUCCUGCUGUCUGCUGGUUCCUUCCUGGAUAACUCCUACUAAUAAUUUAAUUCCUUCACAGCUGGGCCACACUCCCGUCCUGGGCUGCUUUUACUGUCUUCUAAGUCUGGAGUGGCACCCACACUCCUCUCUCACACUGCCACCUUGUCUCUGGGCAGCAGCAGCGUCCAUGGAGCAAAAGGAAUGCCAGGACCCUGUGCAUCCAGACAGGGACCAGCCUCAGCACCAGCAGCCAACGCAAAGAUAGCAGAGCCACCUCAGGGUUAAACCAUGAUCCCGGUGACGGAGCUCCGCUACUUUGCGGACACGCAGCCAGCUUACCGGAUCCUGAAGCCAUGGUGGGAUGUGUUCACUGACUACAUCUCCAUCGUCAUGCUGAUGAUUGCUGUCUUUGGGGGGACGCUGCAAGUCACCCAGGAUAAAAUGAUCUGCCUGCCUUGUAAGUGGGUCACCAAAGACUCCUGCAAUGACUCCUUUCGAGGCUGGGUGGCCUCCAGCUCGGAGCCCACUUAUCCCAACUCCACAGUCGCGCCGACUCCCGACACAGGCCCCACAGGGAUCAGGUACGACUUAGACCGCCACCAGUACAACUACGUGGAUGCUGUGUGCUAUGAGAACCGCCUACACUGGUUUGCCAAGUACUUCCCCUACCUCGUGCUCCUGCACACCCUCAUCUUCCUGGCCUGUAGCAACUUCUGGUUCAAGUUUCCACGCACCAGUUCAAAGUUGGAGCACUUUGUGUCUAUCCUGCUAAAGUGCUUUGAUUCGCCAUGGACCACAAGGGCCCUGUCAGAGACGGUGGUGGAGGAGAGUGACCCCAAGCCCACAUUCAGCAAGAUGAAUGGUUCCAUGGACAAGAAGUCAUCCACAGUCAGUGAGGAUGUGGAGGCCACUGUGCCCAUGCUGCAGCGGACCAAGUCACGGAUUGAGCAGGGCAUUGUGGACCGAUCAGAGACAGGAGUGCUGGACAAGAAGGAAGGGGAGCAGGCAAAGGCACUGUUUGAGAAGGUGAAGAAGUUUCGGACCCACGUGGAGGAGGGGGACAUCGUGUACCGCCUCUAUAUGCGGCAGACCAUCAUCAAGGUGAUCAAGUUCAUCCUCAUCAUCUGCUACACUGUCUACUAUGUGCACAAUAUCAAGUUCGAUGUGGACUGCACCGUGGACAUCGAGAGCCUGACCGGUUACCGUACCUACCGGUGUGCCCACCCUCUGGCCACACUCUUUAAGAUCUUGGCAUCCUUCUACAUCAGCUUGGUCAUCUUCUACGGUCUCAUCUGCAUGUACACACUGUGGUGGAUGUUGCGGCGCUCCCUCAAGAAGUACUCGUUUGAGUCCAUUCGAGAGGAGAGCAGCUACAGCGACAUCCCAGAUGUCAAGAACGACUUCGCCUUCAUGCUGCACCUCAUUGACCAAUAUGACCCGCUCUACUCAAAGCGCUUUGCUGUCUUCCUGUCUGAAGUGAGCGAGAACAAGCUGCGACAGCUUAACCUCAACAACGAAUGGACGCUGGAGAAGCUGCGCCAGCGGCUCACCAAAAACGCCCAGGACAAGCUGGAGCUACACCUGUUCAUGCUCAGUGGCAUCCCCGACACUGUGUUUGACCUGGUUGAGCUAGAGGUCCUGAAGCUGGAACUGAUCCCUGAUGUGACCAUCCCACCCAGCAUUGCCCAGCUCACAGGUCUUAAGGAACUGUGGCUGUACCACACAGCAGCCAAGAUCGAGGCUCCUGCUCUGGCCUUCCUGCGUGAGAACCUACGCGCACUGCACAUCAAGUUCACCGACAUCAAGGAGAUCCCACUGUGGAUCUACAGCCUGAAAACUCUGGAGGAGCUGCACUUGACGGGCAACCUGAGUGCAGAGAACAACCGCUACAUUGUCAUCGAUGGGCUUCGGGAGCUCAAGCGCCUCAAGGUGCUGCGGCUCAAAAGCAACCUGAGCAAGCUACCACAGGUGGUCACGGAUGUGGGCGUGCACCUGCAGAAGCUUUCCAUCAACAACGAGGGCACCAAGCUCAUUGUCCUCAACAGCCUCAAGAAGAUGGUGAACCUGACGGAGCUGGAACUGAUUCGCUGUGACCUGGAGCGCAUUCCUCACUCCAUCUUCAGCCUCCACAACCUGCAGGAGAUUGACCUAAAGGACAACAACCUCAAGACCAUUGAGGAGAUCAUUAGCUUCCAGCAUCUGCAUCGCCUCACCUGCCUUAAGCUGUGGUACAACCACAUCGCCUACAUCCCCAUCCAGAUCGGCAACCUCACCAACCUCGAGCGCCUCUACCUGAACCGCAACAAGAUCGAGAAGAUUCCUACCCAGCUCUUCUACUGCCGCAAGCUGCGCUACCUGGACCUCAGCCACAACAACCUGACCUUCCUUCCUGCUGACAUCGGCCUCCUGCAGAACCUUCAGAACCUGGCUGUCACGGCCAAUAGGAUCGAGGCGCUCCCCCCAGAACUCUUCCAGUGCCGGAAGUUGCGGGCUCUACACCUGGGCAACAAUGUACUGCAGUCGCUGCCCUCGAGAGUGGGUGAGCUGACCAACCUGACGCAGAUUGAGCUUCGGGGCAACCGGCUGGAGUGCCUACCCGUGGAGCUGGGCGAGUGCCCACUGCUCAAACGCAGUGGCCUGGUGGUGGAGGAGGACUUGUUCAGCACGCUGCCGCCAGAGGUGAAGGACCGGCUCUGGAGAGCUGAUAAGGAACAGGCCUGAGCAGAGCCUGGAGGAGCAGCAAGGACCCUCAGCGUGCCCUCAGGCCAAGUGGGCAGUUCAGUUCUCCCAGGACUGCUGGACAGCCAGUCGGGUCCAUCCAGGUUCAGCCAGGCAGAACCUGGGCCAGGCAUAAGCUGGGCCAGGGCAGAAGACAGGAACUGAGGGGCUGGCCCCUUUUCUCUCUCUGGGACUCAUACACCCAGGGCAGACACUUACUGGAGACCGGAAACUCUGAGACUAGUCUCCGAGUACAGUAUUGGACAAUCAGGGUCUUCACCCUGGAGGCCAUCUCUGCCUUAGGGGCUGAGCUGGCACCAGAGGCCCAGGGACAGUAACUUAGAUUUGGGUAUUUAUUUUUGCCACUUCCCCUCUCUGCCCUCCAGAUAACUUAUACAUUCCCAAGAAGGUCUGGCUCCGGGAAGUUUUUAAGAGACCUGGCAGUGUUUGCCUUUCUUUUCAGGUGAUGCUGACAGAAACAAUGCCCACCCAGACUUGGGUAGAGCCAACCGCAGGACGGUCACCUUAUUGGCACUGGGCUAGGAUCUGGCAGCACAGCUUGUGGGAGACCAGGUGGAAGGGUCAGGCCUGGGGCUUGCCCCAUCAGUUUUUGAAGCAAUUUUAGGGUUUUUGUUGUUGCUGUUUUGGUUUUUUUUUUAAGCUUUGAAAAUGAUGGUUUGGGUAUUAAAAAAAAAAAACUAAAAAUAAAAAAAAGACACUAAAGGCCAGUGAGUUGAAGUCUCAGGAUGGGUGGUAUUUCCCCUUGAGCAAAGCAGCAAGACAUUGAAGGAAACUUCCUGUCCCUGUGGUGUGGGCCAGGAUGUUUUCCUGUCUGUCCUGACCUUGGUCCAGCGGAGCUGUUUGUUCUUCUCUUCUCCUGGGCAGGCAGGGCUUUUAUUUUUGUUUGCUUUUAGGGUUUUUUUUUUUUUCUGUGUGUGUGUCUUGUUAUUUUUCUACUCCUCCAUGGGUCUUGGCAGACACCGUUUUCAUUACUGUCAGCCAAAAGGAAGGCUCUGGAACUGCCAAGAAGGGAGGAGACUUGGGCUGGCUGAUCCCCAGGGGACCGGUGCUCCAUCCCUUCCUCCCCACCCCCAUGAUGCCACUCAUGCACAGUGUUAAGGAGCAGCUGCUUCCCCCAGACCCUGUCCCCACCUCGUGUGUCGUGGGUUUGCUCAGUGCCACCGCUCACCUGUGCUGCUGCUUACAUUGGCUGUCACCAUCUGGUCCUUCAUGACAAACAGACAUUUAGAGGCAGAUUGGGUGCAGAGAGGUUACCUCUGGGAGGGCAGCUUCCCCAGUUUUGGGUUGCAGGCCAGUUUCCAUACUGGGCACCUGGUUUGCACACAGUACAGUUAGCACCUAGUGGCCGUAAGCCACUCAGCUUUAGAUCAAUCACUAAGGUCCCCACUUUAGAAGGGUCCUUGUCUUAGAUCAAUCACGUGGACACUAAGGCACGUUUUAGCGUCUCUUGUCUUAACAAUUAUGUCUGUCUCUGCCCCUUUGUGUUUUCUGCGUCGUGUCAUUGGAUGUAACCCUUGGAAAUACUGCACACUAGCCUCUGACAACCAUGAAGCAAUCCGUUACACGUGGGUCUGACUUGUGGACUCGGUUCAAAUAUCAAAUAAAUCUAUAACAAAGUU